AGUGAAAUGCUUAUUCAAACCUGAUUUUUGAUACCCUUCUUCUUGCCUUUCUUCCUCCAUCCCUUUGCACACUCGUUGGCCUGACCCCUAUCCCUCUCCGGCUACUACGUACUUCCCUUGUCGAACCAAAUCCUGGACCCGCCGGGAAGGAGGUCGACACCCGCGAACACCCCUCAGCUACCCUCUCACUCCCGCCGCGACAUACCACCGGUUUCGGAUUAGUAAGAAUUCUAGUGCCCUAAAGAUUCGUAUAUGGCCCCUUGCGUGAGUGCUCAAAUCCUUACAAUUUCAUUGUGGAUCGUCGUUCUUUGCGACAGGUUUGAAGUGGGAGUAGCAAGCGCAUUGAGCAGUAACAUGGAGAGGCCGCAGAAAUCUAGACCUCCCGAACUUAUUAAGUUGAAUGAUGCAGCGAAAUUGGCAGCGCAGUUGAUGAGCAAGAUGACUAAUUCCGAGUGGAAAGAAACUGGAGUUGAUAGUGAAUCAACUGCGAUUGAACCCGAGAUGCGACCUCCUAGACUUGGACUUGGAGCCAAAGUAACACGCCAUUUCAGAAAUGGACCGUCUAAUGACCCACUUGAUAGAAAACUAUAUGCAAAAUUAGAUGCUGGGAAAAAACAAGCAGCUAGAAAGAUGUCGGAGGAUACUCCCAUACUUAACACUAAAGAUGACAACGAUGACGACGACGAUGAAGAAGAAGAGAGUAGAACUGCCAUCUUCAGUAAGAAGCGAGCACCAAAGCCAGUAACUAUGCCUCCUUUGCAGGGGAAGAAAAAGAGAAGGUAACUUUUGCGGAUAGGGAAUAUCGAUUAUGGAACAGGUUGUCUCCAAAGGUAUUUAAUUAGUUCCUAAGAAAGUACCAAAUUAAUCGAAAAUACUGGGUAAGCGAUGAUAUCUCAUCAAUAUCCUUUUGUAGAAUACAACCUUGAAAUCUUUCUUGAGGCUGACUUUUCAUAGUUAUAGAGGUCGAAUUGUUUUGAUAUCAAAUUAUAAUGUUCCAACUUGCAAGUUCUAUAAAAUUGCUACCCUACAAUUUUGGUUUAAAAGGUACUUUACCCAUAUGGUUGUUAACUUAGUUUCA